UGGAAUCCAGCGAGUACGGAGCGCUAGUUCCAGUCUCUCCCGCGCCUCCGUGCUGCUCGGCAGAUCAACCUACUCUGUCAUCCUCCUGGACAUAAUAUAUUUGUGAUAAAAGAAACUUAAAUGGAUGGUCCCUCUAUUUAUUUGACUAGUUCAGUGGUGUUGUCUUUUAGGUAGAAAAUCGAGGAGUCUAAUUUGAACAAGAAUAAGAAAUUUUCCCCCUUUGAAAAUUUAAGCCAAGAAAAAUGGAGCAACAAUGCUAUUAACUCCAACUACUUGUCUUGCUUUUGUAUGAAUAGUGAUGUGCAGUGGAUGAGCAUAACACCUGAAGCCCACCUGGAUGUGAGGUUUCCCCUGAUGCUGCCACAGCCCCAUCAUGGCCAGUGGUCACAGCCGCUGACGUUGCACUGCGCUAUAAGGAGUGUUUAGUAAAAGCCCAGCUGGGAGAUGCUCUGUACUGGACACCGGCCCGCCUAGCCUGACCGGGCCUUGGAUGCCUCUCACCAGGAAGAGAAGAAUUUGAAUCUAAUCUUCGUUGGCAGGACACCUUCUCACGCCUAAGAUACAAGGCUUACUACCCACUCAAGAUGCAUUUACGAGUCAAACCCGAGUGUGAGCCGAGAAGGUCCGGGUCACGCCUCCCAGCUCAAGUGAGGAGAGUGUCACUGCCGUCGACUCCGGGACUCCGAGUCAGGGGCAGAGUGGAGAUGCCUCUGGUUACGACGCCUCUGGACGCUCCUCCUGACGGCGCGAUACCCUGAGAGGAGGUGUAAGGUAGCGGGUGCUUGGGGGCAGCUGGCGAAGAUGGAACGAGACACGACACCUCUUCUUCUGUACAACAACCAUCAUCCCACUUUAAGUGAUGACUCAGAAUGGGACGACCUUCUGGGCAGAGGAAAAUGUGAAAGCACUUUCCCGUCCACUCCUUCACACAGCCCAAGAAACUUACACCGAAAGCCUCUCACAGAUCAUGCUCAAGGCAGAAGAAAACUUUUCGCUAAGUUUGGGCUUUCGGCAAUGUUCUCGUCUCGUGAUUCAUCAAAUAGUCCAAAGAUGGCCAGGCAAGUUGUAAAACCCAGCGAAACCAACUCUUCUUUCGCACUUCCCUGGACGCGCUCCAAGGUUACCAACAAAAGCUACAUUACCAACAACGACAACAGGAGAACGGACGGAAUAAAAUCAGAGAAGAGUUGUGGGCAAAACUGCCAAACUGAAGAGGACUCACCUGCUCUGCUGACUUCUCCUGAUACCUACAGAAGCAGAAGAAAACACCGGCUGUGGUUCACUGAACCCCGGGGAUACAAAACAGUGCCGGCGGAGACUCAACCAGUCCUCCCGGGUCAGGCAAACAGUGGGAGUUCCCGGGCCUGGGUGUCACCGCCUGCCUGGUCUUCAGUGGUCCAUGGAUUGCACUCUGUGGCACUGGUACUCAUGGUGACGCUUUUGAGUCCCGUCGGUGCCUUCUGUCCCCGAGGAUGUUCAUGUGACGACGUGGGGUUGCUGGUUCACUGUGACAAAGCAGACCUAGACGUGAUCCCAAUACUGCUUCAUCCUGGAACCCUGGAACUACACCUGAGCCACAACAGGAUCAAGACAAUUUUGGAAGGACUUAUAUUUUACAAUGAGCUUCGGUUUUUGGAUCUGUCGCAUAAUGAGGUAGUAUCGCUUGGUUCACAAAACUUUGCCUCGCAAAGAUCUCUCAAGACACUUGUGAUAAAUAAUAACAAGGUUUCAAAGAUUCAGAGCAGAGCAUUUCUUGGACUUUCGAAGCUCACUACUCUGGAUUUGAGUGAUAAUUACAUAGAAACUCUGGAAAAUAACGCUUUCAGUUCUCUUAGCAAACUGAAAACUCUUGACUUGUCGAAUAACCGAAUAAAGAAUCUUACUGCCAAUACCUUCAUGAAACUCCGAGGGUUGAAAUUACUUAAUUUGUGUAAGAAUGAGCUUAAGGAUAUUUCCAGUGUUGUAUUUGAACCCCUUAAAGAGCUUCAAGACCUAGAUCUGUGCUCAAACCAAAUUACGGUCAUUCAGGACUUUGCUUUCAAAAGUCUAAAGGGUCUAAUUAACUUGAAACUAAGCAAUAACAAAGUGCGUCACAUCCACGAGAAGGCUUUUAGUGGGCUGGAGUCCCUAAGACUUCUAGGCCUAAAAGACAAUGCGUUCACUGAAGUGCCCAGCCACAUCUUACCUGCCAUCAAGGGUCUUGAGGAGCUGGAUUUGGGGAUCAAUCCUCUGACGUCAUUACCUUUCGACCCUUUUUCCCAAUUGGUUAAUCUUAAGAGUCUGCACAUAUCACGAUGUGAGAACCUUUCCUUAAUCGACAGUGGAGCUUUCGCUAGUCUCAGUAAACUUAAUUCCCUUGUACUCAGUUUCAACCCCCAAUUAUCCUCUCUCCAACGUGACGUCUUUAAGCCUCUUACUGGCCUUCGACAUUUGGUUCUCAGGGGUAAUGGCUUAAGAGGUUUUGAUCGCUCUCUUGUUAGUUCCACCAGCCUCCAGUCACUUGAUCUUCGGGACAAUAGACUUGAGUGCAAUUGUUCCAUAAAGUGGCUGCAAGAAGCGAGCUUGAACAAUAGCCUCUCGCUAAAAAUCGAGGAGAUAUCGUGCGCCGGGCCAGACGUGCUGAGGGGCAGAAGCCUCUCAGAACUAUCCGAGUAUGAUCUUGAGUGUUACAAUAACGUAGUGGUGGUGGCCUCUUGUGCUGCCGCGUCGAUGGCUCUCAUCCUCCUUCUAGUGGCUUUUGGUGUUCUUUAUUAUAAGAACUGCCGCAAGAUGAAGGCGAUGGUCCACGACAACUGGCCGGAGAAGAUCGUGGCGACCUGGAAAGACCCGGAAUACCAGAAGCAGGUUGAGGACGAAGAAUACACAUUUCAUUCUCUUCGUGGCAUCCAGCACAUUCCCGUGACAGUCAUUUGACAGGAGCUCGGUGGAGAUCAACCACCGCCUUCUGGUCUCCACGACGAGUUAAUUGAAAGAACCAAGGCGCUCAAGUCCUCCAUGUCAGCGGAGGAAAGUAACAAAAGCAGAACCAUGAGACAGCCCCAUCAUGGAAGAAAAGAAAUAGAAGACUAUUUCUCCUCGCUCAAGUCCCCAACAAGGGCCAACCAAGAAGGACACUUUGGGGUCCUUCCACUCGAGAACGGUGUAGGGGGAGCCGCCAGCAGCAGCCGCAGCAGCAGCAGUAGCAGCAGCAGAAACGGUGGUCAGCGUAUUUCACAUUACCUGCCACCCACCCCACCUCCCGGCGCUACCACCACACCACGCCGCCACAACUCUCACAUAUACGCUGAGCCUCACGCCAGACCCAAGCUUGGCAGCAACGGCACAGCCCACAAGUCAUCCAAAGAUUCUGGAUAUUACUCCUGUGAGUUUCUGGACCAGAAUCCCUACGCAGGUUCUAUGAAGGAGCCAGGAGGGAAGGCAACCCCCUCCCAGAACAGCAGAAGUCUCGGGCGGCACCUUCCCCCCAGCGACUCCGGGGUCUUCACUCUCAGCCACAUCUACAACAGGCCUAGUCAACAUAGCUUUAACAGUGAACAAGAGGGAAUCUAUGAUAACAUAAUUUGAUAACGAGAAAAUGCCAGCAGCUUGUUCUUUUGUUGGGCAUUAGCUACAAGAACAUUUAUAGCGUGAUAAGUUUUGGACAUUGGAACAAUGGUUGUGGGUCUUGGAACUUUGUGGUUAUUCACUUAUAUCAGCUUUUCAUAAUGAAGCUUUGAUUAUUAUUAUAUACUGUGACGUUCUUACAUUCAUUUGAAUAGUAUAUAGUUACUGUUAUAAGUCAUUUGUUUCUCUUGUGCAUGAUAUUGUAAAAAAAUAAAAAUAAAUCACAUCCCAGUUCCUCUUUGCUCAUGAACAAGCGGUAGACAAAGCACAAUACUAUAUUAUCACGAAUGAUUAAGCCAUUUUCUUGGCCACACUGUGUUUUGCUACAGUUGCAAUACAGACUAGUCCAGACGGUGUGUGACGAGCCAAGACGUUUAUCAUUAUGUACAGAUAUUAUUAAGACGUGCAUCUUACGUAUGCAUAAUUGACUUGCACAUUGUCUUAGGUUUUAAAGCUUGCUUCAAUCGGGAUAUCUCGUCUGCACCUUUAUAAGACUAAAAUCAAAACAUCGGAGGAAUUGCCUUUACAUCCAUUUUAAAGGGUAUAGAAUUCUGAGACAUUUUGUAUACUACAUACGUUUUUCUUGUCAUUAAUUAAACUAUGAUUAUGCUUCA